CCCCCCCUCCGUCUGCUUUUUCGCUCCAGAAACGGCCAUGGAAGCAGCUGAGCUGCAGCUGCUUGGGAGGCGGACGGAGAGAGCAGAGGCAUGUUUCCUCCCAGGUGAGGUGGAGACCCCCAAUGUCGAAAUAAACGAGUUGGAGGAGGAAGAUGAGGAAGAUGAAGAAGAGGAGGAGGAGGACGAGGACGACGAGGUGGAGGUCAGGAACUUGGACUCUUCAGACGACGAGAAAGAGCCGGACGAGGAGAAGCAGCGGGAGUUGAGAGCCCAGGUGAUGCGUUUGCUGGACGAGCUGGAAGAAGUCCGGGAGGUGGCCCUCAAGCACGAAGGGGAUUCCCUCGAAUUGCAAGGGUUGCUGGAAGACGAGAGACUUGCCAGUGCUCAGCAGGCCGAGACCUUCACGAAGCAGAUUCAGAGACUCCAAGCUCAGAUGUGCUCCCUGAAGGAAGAGUUUGACUCGCUGCAGGAGGUGAAAGAUGUGGAGCUGGACCGCUUGGAGCGGGAACUGCGGGAGGCCAACGAGGAGAUCCACAGUCUGCGCUUGGACGCCGAGGAAGCGGCCGCCUUGCACGAGAACGAGGUGGCCGAGCUGCAGGAGGAGAUCUGCCGCCUGAAAGCCGAGCUGGAGCGCGUGCAGAGGGUCCGGAACGAGUACGACAUGGAGGUCACAGCCCUGCGGGCCGAGAUCAACAUGAAGCGGCCGGGCACCGGGGACAGCCAGCCUGCCCCGGAGAUGUUGCUGGUGUCCCACUUUGACGACCGUCUCGCCUGCACCUCGGAAGAGGUGGCCAGGCUCCAAGAGGAUCUCCGGACGCUGAGAAUUAAGUACCAGGAACUGACCAACGAGUACCAAAUCCUGCAGGAGAGCAACAAGAUCAUGGUCAACCAGCUGGAGAGACUGGAAGCCCUGAAAUACAGUCCUUUCCCCCCAAACAGAGCCCGGAGCAAGUCGGACGACUCUCCCUCCCUCGACUCGGACUCCGAGGGCAGCACGGACCACCCCCCGUCCAUCAACUGGCGGGCCACGCCCCACGCGAGCGGCAGCGUCUCCUUCAAGUCCGUGGAGAUGGCGGGCACGGCCAGCGAGGGAGACGAGGAGGAGAAGCUGUCGAAACCGGAGAGCGAGGCUGACUUGCGCUACCAGAGCGACCAAGCCCCGCGCAGGACGGAAGACAAGGACCAUAUUGACCUCCCGGAGUGGGCAAGGAAAGCGGAAGAGCAGAAGGGGAGAGUGGCGGCAAUAGCAGGAAGGGAAGAUGGAAGUGAGCACGACCAAACCCAGGACAUCCUGAGAGAGAUGGAGAGUAAGUGUUGGCUCAGCCAGAACGAACGGGAGCAGCUGCACGAGGAAUUGCGGAUGUGCAAGGAAGAGAUUGAGAGACUUAACGGCAGCAUCCCCAUCGGAGGACGGGUCCCAGCCGGAGGGAUGAAGCCCCUCGCUCUCUUCGCCGUCCUUGCCGGGGGCCUGCUCCUCUACCCCUGCGUAAAGAGAUACACCAGCAGUUGGACGCCGCCCUAAGGAGCCUGCACACCUGGACACCCGCCCCUCGCAGAGAGGGCCCCUUGCGCCACGUACCCCUCCCCACCCCAACUCUGUGAGGACUGAGCACCUGUCGUCCCCCCACACCGCCCCCCAUCAACCCAACCGCUGUUCAGAAGGCCGGUCUCGGCUAAGCGACCCUUCACCCAUCAUCAGUUAUCCAUUCCCCUCCCUUUCCUGCUUCUGCUGAGGAUGAGCUGAGGCGGGUUUUUUUUUGGGGGGGGGUCUUCCAACCGGGCUUCCAGCUUCCCACCUGCCCUGCCCCCUCCCUGCCGCCGGGGGUCUCUGUUGCGCGGUCCUCGCUCUCCCCAUCGGUGGUCCCAACCUGGAGGAGCCCGGGCGUUGGCUGGGAGGGAAGAGAGAUGGCUAUGAGUCCGUCUCACCUCCUGGUGGCCCCCCCUGGAAAAAGCAGGACUUGGGGACCCCAUGGUACCUCUCCCCUCUUUUACCCCCCCCGGCUCUUCUGUGCCAGCCCGAGGGGGCAACCGAGAGCAAUAGCUGCCCUCUGGGUGGCUGACCUCUGCAAUAACCGGAAGGGACCUGAUGUGCUUUCCCAGCAGGAAAAGUUGCCAGCCAGGGUUGGGAUGGAGAGGUGUGGGGAGCUGGGAGGGGGGCAGUUUCCUCUAGGCAAUAUUUAAAGUCUGUUUCGACACACUGUGAACGGGAAGCAACUUCCGGAGGGGCCCGGAGCAGAACAGAUCGACCUGUGAAUUUCUCUCAUCCUCCGCUCCAUCAGGGAUAACCUUUCUCGCUUAUCCCGACCCCCGGGCCGGAUCCUGAAUCUAUGCAUUCCACCCCUAGCUCCGUCCCCCUCCUCUUUCUCCAUCGUGGUCUCGUCCCACAGCUGCACACCGUUUCCUCCUGGACCUAGGAAUGCUCACAGAGUUUGUGUGUGUGUGUGUGUGUGUGUGUGUCCCUCUUUGCACCUUCGACGCAGGUAUGAUGGUUCGGGGACCACCAGGAUGCAGAGAGGUCCCUUAAGGUCUGUUUGGGUCCCCCGGGACUGUCCUCGUCCGACAGUGCUUCCAGCAAUCGAGGCCCCACCCAGGUAGCAAAGGGUGGGGGAGCCACGGCAUGUGGACUGUAGCGCAGCCCUCCGGGAUUUGGGGCGCCAAAUCCUUGCCCUGCAUGUUUCGUGGGCACCCGUCCUCCGUCACCUCACGGUCCGUCGCCCCCUCCUCACCUCUUCCGCGUCUCGUUCGUCGAGCUCUGCUCCCGACUUCCGUCCGAGAAGGGGUCCACCCCCGAAAAGCCGCUGGAGAUCGUCUGCAGAUCUUUCUCUUUCGUCUUUGUUCUAUGUUGUAACUCAGUAAAAAAAAGGAAAUGGUGAAAAAAAGACCUUUCUAAAUACAUGAGGCUUGGCUCUGUUC